AUGUCUAACAAAAGUUUCCAUGAUUUGUCCAAACGAAGGAAGAGAGACUAUCUCAAUAGUAUUCGAAAAAGAAAUAAUGUUCUUCCGCAAAAUAAUAACGAUAAUGAAGUUGAUAAUAUUCCAUUGAACCAAAGAAUCGAUGACAAUAUUAUUGAAAAUGGAAAUAACUUAAAUGACGACGAGAUCAACUUGGAUGGAGUCUUAGAGUUUCAAAACAUAGUGGAUGCCAGGCCAAUGAACUGUGUGAGACAACAAAAUAUCCUUGAAAAUUCUACUCCAAAUCAACCGAUUAACCUUAGGGUUAAUGACGUAGUGGCAGAAAAUGUUUUAGCAGCUGUCAAAGAAGAACAUCACGAUGUGGAUAAUGAAAAUAUAUAUUCUGAUAAUGUGCAUGGACAGAGAGAAGAAGUUAUGAUGCCAAAUAGAAAUAUCCACACUUCUAAUGCUGUCUGGAAUGAAGUAGAAGAAGAAAGAGAAGAAGAAGAGGAGGAACAAAUUUUCGCUGACGAAGACGAUGAAGACGAGAACUUAAGAGACACUACUAACAAUCUGAAUUAUGAUUUACCUCUCUACAAUGAAGCACCAUUAACAAUUACUCAAAGUAUGUUAUUAAUUGCGACUUUGUUAAUAACUCAUAACAUCACGCAGUCAUGUCUUAUUGACAUUAUAUCUAUAAUAAAUUUACAUUGUUUGAGUGACGGUCUUCAUAAAAAUAGUUUAUUUAAGUUCAAGAAGUUUUUUGCUUUGGGAAAUUAUAACAACACUAAUCAUAAGAAACAUUAUUAUUGUUCAAAUUGCCUAAAAGGCUUAACCUCUUCAAAUGAAGCUUGUCCAGAAUGCUUAAACAGCAAAACAGCACAUUUUAUCACCUUAUCAAUUUCCGAGCAACUGCAAGAAUUAUAUAACCGACCCGGAUUUUACCGACAAUUGCGAAACCAGUUCCGACAGCCACAUUUGAAUGGAACUUUCAUUAAUGAUGUCUAUGAUGGUUCUUUAUACAAAAAUAUUGAGAGGAACGGUUACUUAUCUAACGGAAAUAAUAUAUCAUUCAUGUGGUGCACUGACGGUGUUUCGGUUUUUAAAUCGUCACAAAUAAGUAUUUGGCCUUUGUAUUUAACGAUCAACGAAUUACCUUUUAAAGAACGAGCCAAACGUCAUAACUUAUUGUUAGCUGGAUUGUGGUUUGGUGAUACUAAACCUGAUGCUAAUCUGUUUAUCGAUAAACUGCACUCACAAUUCACAAAACUUCUUGAAGGUGUGAAGUAUACUCUAUCUGAUGGACAGGAAAUAUUUGUUCAAGCAGCAUUGCUGUUUGGUACAUGCGAUAAUCCUGCCAAAACACAUUUUCUAAACUUUAAACAAUUCAAUGGUUUUUAUGGUUGCCCAGUUUGUUUAGAACCAGGAGAGAGUUAUCGUUGUUCAACUGGGGGAACGACGCACGUUUACAAAUUCACUCAAAAUCCAACUCUCCGAACAACUGAGCAAUCUAUAGAGCAUGCAAAUAUUGCAUUAGAAAAUAACAGCGAACAAUUUGGAGUCAAAGGUCCAUGUGCUUUAUCAAACAUAAUGCCGGAUUUUAUAGCAGGAACAGCAAUUGAUAAAAUGCAUUGCGUAGAUAAUGGUGUUGUAAAAAAACUCUUAUCUUUGUGGUUCGACAGUACUUAUAAUAGUUUUCGUUAUUCACUUUAUCCUGUAAUUCAAGUGAUCAAUGAUCGAUUAACUAGCAUAAAACCACAAAAAUUCGUCCACCGAUUGCCACGAACAAUACAAGAACUAACUCACUGAAAAGCUUCAGAGCUUAGAAUGUGGUUUUUUUAUUACUCGCUACCAGUCUUAUCUGAUGUGAUGCAAAAUGUUUUUUUUGAACAUUUUAUGCUAUUAGUUACAGGUAUUGCAUACCUUUCAUCUGAUAGUAUUACGCAUGAAAUGAUAGAUGAAGCACAAAGGUUAUUAAAUAAAAUUGUCAGUGACUUUGAAACGCUGUAUGGGCUCCAAAAUUGUUCUAUUAACAUACAUUCACUUCUUCACUUACCAGAAUAUGUAAGACGAAUUGGGCCUUUGUGGACAACUUCUUGUUAUGUCUUUGAAGAUUUGAACGGGCAAUUCUUGAAGUUAAUACAUGGGACCAGGUACAUUGAUUCCCAAAUUGCAAAUAUACAUGGUCAGUUACUCAGGAUGUACAAAUAUCAAGAACAGCUACCUGAUGGACCUUUACGGGAUUUUUGUAUCAUCAGAAAAUAUGGAGUAAAAAUUUGCGAAAAGAUAUUCAGACAUUGUUACAGUGUUGGAACUUAUGUCAAUUUCGAUAACAUUCCGCAAUUCUUACGUAGAGCAGUACAACAUUUACUACCGAUUAGAAACAUAAAAAAAUACCAUCGAUUAAUGAAAGACGGUCAAUUGUAUGUUUCUGAACAGUAUUCACGAGAUUUAAAAACACUAUCAUCUGACGUACAGUACACUGAUCAUACAGGAAUACCACGUUUCGGCAGAGUUUGUUGCUUUAUCAAAAUUACUGAGUGCGAAUGCUUAAAUACUUGUCACUGUUAUGGCACUCAUCAUGCGAUAAUAAAAAAAUUUGAAUUCAACAAUGCUUUUCAACUGUCAUAUGGCAACGAAAAUUUGACAGUACCACAUAUAUAUGAAUGUACGAUAACUGAAGAACAUAUAGCUGUUCCAGUAAAAUUUGUAAAAUCUGUUUGUAUAUCUAUGAAAGUAGAUCAACGAUUAUUUGUCGCUCAAACAGU